AUGGCGGAACAGAGGGCGUCACUCGGCGGGUCGGUCCUGCAACAACUGCCGCGCGAGGGCGGCGGCGGCGGCAGCCUGCUGUACUCGUCGCAUCUGGGCGUCCAGCCGCUGCCCGGCCCGGGGCGGCGGGGGGAUGGGGAGGGCGGGGGGGCGGAUGGCGUGGAGCUCAGCCUGCAGGACUUCCAGUCCAGCGGGGACGGCACCAACAGCGGGUCGGAGGAUGGGGACAGCCGCGGUGGCGGCAGCUGCGGGCACGAGGAGGGCGACACGCGGCGGGCGCGGCGCAUCCUGGCCAACCGGCGGUCAGCGCAGCGGUCGCGCACGAGGAGGAUGCAGUACAUCCACGAGAUUGAGCGCAAGGUGGACAAGAUGAGGACAGAGAGUGAGGCAAUGGCGGCCCGUCUAGUGCAGCUGCGCAUGCACCACCAGGACCUCGAUCACCGCAAGGUCGAGCUCAAGAACAACGUGGCGACCCUCAUGGCCCGCUCCCAGCAGCGGGAGGCCAGCUGCAAUCAGCUGCAGUGCGAGAUCGCCCACCUGCGCUCCCAGCUGACAGGCACCUCACUGCGCAACCCUGGCGGCCAGGGGCCCCCCUCUCAGAUCGCCACCCUCCCCCCCACGGGGGGCCUGCUGCCCGGGAUGCUGCAGGCCCCGUUCAGCAAGGGUGGCCUGGGUGAAGCUGUGGGGGUCGACCGUGGUGCAGCCGAUGUGCAGCCCAGCCUGUUGCCAGCCAUGCGCACAGGGGGGUUGGAUCUCCAGCGUGGGCCGCCCUACCUGGACUCUGGGAUCAAUAUGUUCCCAGGGGGGAUCCCCAGCCAGGCCGUGGCUGUGGACACGCACGAGGUCGACCUGCCGCACAACCGUCCCAACAGGAUGAUGUUUGCGCCGAUGGCGGGCCUGGGCCAGGGGGCCCACCCAGGGGGGGGGGGAUGCCGGGCUGGCAGCCUUUGGCGUGGGACCAAUGGCCGGCUGCCAGCCCUUCCACGACAUCGAGGACGCCUACUUUCACGACAAGCCGAUGGAUGA